UCAUUGAAAACAUGAAGCUGGUCAUAGUUCUAUCAGUGAUAGCCUUUGGCUAUGCAGCCAAAUUAGAUAGGACUUAUCUACCACCAUCCAGUGCUGCGACUGCUGGUGGAAGCCCUGGCGCCAUCACAGCUCCCGAUUCAGGAUUUGGACGCAGCCCCGCUGCGGAGUUUGGACAAAAUCUUCCCAACGGACCUUCGUCUGGACCAUCCGGAGCCAUUUCUAACGUGCCGACUGGUCAAGGAUCAAACCAGGGAAGUUUCCCAGCACCCCGACCCUCCUAUGGACCACCAGAAAACCAAGUGCCAAGCCAGGCAGGUUUACCAGCAACGCGUCCAUCCUUUGGACAACCUGGCAGUCAAGGAUCAAACCAGGGAGCUUUCCCAGGACCGCGACCAUCUUUUGGACAACCUGGCAAUCAAGCAUCAAACCAGGGAGCUUUCCCAGGCACCAGUUCCUUCAAGGACAACGAAAUAGGAAGUGACGACGCUUUGCCCUCCGGCCAAAUUAAUGCCCAAGGAUCAAGAACGCCAUUCGGCCAGGCUCAAGACUUCGCUCAAGAACCAAGACCAGAAAGGCCCCAAGCAGCCGCUGAUAGGAAUGCCGAAAUCCUGAAAUACGUGAACGAAAAUAAUGGUGAUUCUUAUGAGUACAGUUAUGAAACCUCCAACGGAAUAUCCGCUGGGGAAUCCGGGGUUGCCACAAACGGAGUUAUGGCUCAAGGUGGUUUCUCCUACACCGGUGAUGAUGGCAAGCCCUACUCCAUCACGUACACGGCUGAUGAGAACGGCUUCCAGCCUCAGGGAGAGCAUUUGCCCACUCCCCAUCCGAUCCCUGAAGAGAUCUUGAAGUCAAUUGAAGAGAACGCCAGAGCCGCCGCAUCUGGUACACAAGAAGGCGCAUACCGACCAGAAGAGUAUGAAUCAGAAUCUUCACCUCAGCAGUAUGGCAACGGAGCCCAGCAGGGCUCAACUUUCCCGGGCGAAUCCACCCAGCGCAGACCUGACCAGGGAUCUUUCAUGGGAGACAGACAGGCAGCUGGAAAUAAUCUGGGAACUUCAGGACAGCAGAGACCCUCUCAACAACCUUCUGGCAACGCAUUUGACGCUUCACGUGGCCAACGCCCUGGUAAUGACGGAUACAACUACAACAGACCGGCACAAGGCCAAGAGCAGCGAGGACCAGCCCAGAGACCUUCCCAAGCGUUCGGUGACACAGGAGAUAACCAGAUCUCUGGACCAGCUAGCCGACCAAACCAAUUCAAUCAGCCACAGCGUAACCAGCCUGGCAGCCAACCACAAGGAUCAAACCAAGGAAGACCCUCCAACCAAUACUCUCCACAACCAACCGGACAGGCUCAAGGUGACAAUGGUUAUAAUUACAACAUACCCCAAACAGGAUCGCAAUCGCCUAGCCAAGGUAGCCAAGGAGGUCAGCCCCAAAAACCCUUCUCUGGUUUCGGCAACAACCAAGAACCGUCUGGUCAACCACAAGGACAGAGGCCUAGUAACGUAAACCAACCAAGACCUCAGUUCUCCCAAAACCAGUUUGGUAGCCAAUCACAAAACUCACCGUCUCAAAGUGGUCAAACCCAAGGGAACAACGGUUACACGUAUAACCAGCCCCAGUAUAACCGACCGCAAGCUCCAGUUCAAGGCCCUCAAGGCUCACAGGGCUCAAGAUUCCAGGGUAAUCAGCCAAACAAUAACAAUGUAUUCGGUCAGCAACCCAGCCAGCCUACUCGCGACUUCAACCAGGCGCAACGACCAACAUCCGACUCUAACAACGCCUUUGGAAGACCCCAGGGACCAUCAAACCAAUAUUCUCAAGCACCCAGGGGACAAGAUCAAAGUGGAAGCGGGUACAACUAUAAUCAGCCACAAAAGUCUUCUGGAUCUCAGCCUGGACAAUCCCAGACAUACUCGCAAGGCAUACCUUCUCCGUCUGGUCCUCAGGCUGGACCUAACAGCCAAUUUGGUCAGCCACAGCGUCCUACACAAGGCCCCUUCUCUGGAAACCAACAAGGGUCAUCAAACAAAUUCCCAUCGGGUCAGAGAGGUCAAGAUCAAGAUGAAAAUGGCUAUUAUUACAACCGACCUCAGAGCACGCAACCUCAAGGUUCGUUUGGCCAACGCCCACAAACUGGUGCACCAAAUCAGCCCGGGAUUUCCUCUCGCCCGACGUCCAGCUUUGAUUCUAACAACCAAGGAGCUAGGCCUAGUUCUAUGAAGGCCUCUUUCGGGCAAAACAGGAAUGGAUCGAACACAGAUAGGGAAGAGUACUCACCAGAAAACAGGCCAUCUUUUGGAUAUAGUCAGCCUGGGCCUCAAGGAUAUGACUCGUCUCGCCCCACUGAAAAGUUCCAACCUAGCUUAAACUCUGCUUCUCCAAUCCGUCCUCAACAGUCAGGCCAGAACAGACCAACAUCCUUUGGACCAUCAGGUCAGGAUGCUCCUAACCAGAGCCAAAACAGGCCAUCCUCUUUUGGACUGUCUGCUGGAAAUGCUCCCAGCCAGAGCCAAAACAAACCAUCCUCUUUUGGACCAUCAGCUGGAAAUGCUCCCAGCCAGAACCAGAACAGACCAUCCUCUUUUGGACCCUCUUCUGCUCCCAGUCAGGGCCAAAACAGGCCUUCAUCUUUUGGCCCAUCAGCCCAGAAUGCUCCUGAGCAGACUUUAGCGCAGGGAUACCAGUACGGCCCAGGCCAAUCAAACCAGCCCCAGAGACCUGGUUCCAGCGGUCAAGGCAGUGGAACUCCAGGAGCAACCAGGGUUCCCGGUUCCGAGUUCGGAGGACCACGGCAACCACCAAGCUUCAGCGAAGAGGAGGGUUACAAAUACUAG